UCCGAAUAUCCAUAUUCCUCAUUUCAUUCUCUUUUUCAAAAUAAUUUCAAUCCCGCCUAACAUCAAUUUUAAAAUGUUCUCAUUGACUUCCUCUCCCUAUAUAUACCACCUAUCGUAAACCCUAAAACUCUACCAUUCUCAUUCACAAAAAUGGCUUUAGUCCGUAGACGUUUGGCUGCUAUAGUUCCAUUUACCAAAUUAGAUCAAUCAAGUGAAAUUCAGAAAGUUAGAGCUACUAUAUUUUCACUUUGGAAAGUCAAGAACAGGCAGUCUGGCUUUGUUAUAGAAAUGGUAUUCGUUGACGAAGAGGGCACGAGGAUUCACGCUACUGUUGAUGAAGAAUUGAUCGCAAAACAUAAAGGCAUCCUUAUAGAAGAAAAAUCACUUUCUAUUAAUUGCUUCAUCAUUAAAGAAUACUAUGGUGAUUUUAGGACUACUCCAUUACCAUACAAGAUCGCUUUGUGCAGAACAACCCGUGCUAAGGAGAUUAAUGAUUUUCCACCAGACUUGCCAGAGAAAUAUUUGUCUGAUUUCAAGUCAAUCAAGGAAGACAAACUCGACAAAAACGUCCUCAUCGAUAUGUCAUCAUCACGAUUAUGA